AGAGCUGAUAUAUGAGUUCUCUUCUCUCUCUGCCGAAACAAAUGCGAAUGAUGAAGACGCUGAAUUGCAAAAAAUUCUUCACAAAACCUACAUUGUUAGGGCUUGCUCUAGGCCAGUUUCUCUCGCUUCUCAUCACCUCCACCGGAUUUUCAUCCUCUGAACUCGCCAACAGAGGAAUUAACGCACCAACUUCUCAGUCGUUUUUGAAUUAUGUAUUGUUGGUGAUUGUCUAUGGAAGCCUUCUACUCUACAGAAGAAAACCUCUCAAGGCCAAGUGGUAUUACUACAUUUUGCUCGGAUUGGUUGAUGUUGAAGCCAAUUUUCUUGUGGUCAAGGCAUACCAGUACACCUCCAUCACGAGCGUGAUGCUGCUGGAUUGUUGGACAAUACCAUGUGUCCUGUUUCUCACACGGUUCUUUUUGAAGACGAAAUAUAGGUUCCGAAAGUUUAUAGGCAUAGCUAUCUGCGUUGCCGGUCUUGUAACAGUUGUUUUCUCCGAUGUACAUGCAGCAGAUAGAUCGAGAGGCAGUGGACCUCUUAAAGGUGACCUUCUCGUUAUUGCCGGGGCAACUCUUUACGGUGUUAGCAACGUCAGCGAGGAGUUUUUUGUUAAAAGUGCAGAUAGGGUGGAGCUUAUGGCCUUCUUGGGCAUCUUUGGUGCAAUUAUCAGUGCUAUUCAAAUAAGCUUACUCGAGCGCCAUGAACUCAAAUCCAUUCACUGGUCAUCUGGGGCGACACUCCCGUUCGUUGGAUUUUCCUUAGCCAUGUUUGUGUUUUACUCGGGGGUUCCUGUUUUGCUCAAGAUGAGCGGAUCAACAAUGCUAAAUCUGUCGUUGCUGACUUCGGAUAUGUGGUCUGUUUUAAUCCGCAUCUUCAUAUACCAUGAAAAGGUUGAUUGGAUGUACUUCGUCGCCUUUGCUGCUGUCACGCUCGGACUCAUCGUUUAUUCGGUAGGUGAUGAAAAUGAGAAGAAAAACGUUGAGGAAGAGGCUCCCCAGAUUCAAGUUUGAGCACCCACAUUUUUGUAGAAUUAUUAGGAAGAUUAUUGUUACUAGUAUUAGUUAAUGUUUUUGUUCCACAUCUAUGCUCAUUUGUCUUUUAUAUGUGAAUCAGUUAAUUUUCCAUA